AUGAAUUCUCAUAAAGAAGAUGGUACUUAAUAAUGUAAUAUUAGUAUUACACAAACUUGAAUUUAAGAAGAUAAUAAAAAAUUCUCCAAAAAGCAAUAUCGAAGAAUUUUUAAACCCACCAUCUUUUAGCGAAAGCUUUUUCUUAGCUAACUCAUUUGUAUCAGAUAAUAAUUUAAAAGAAACAAAGCAACAAAAAAUUAAUCAAUUGAUACUUGAGAAUUGUGAGAAAUGGUUGGAAACUAUUGAAUCAGCUUCAUCCUCAGCAUAUUUUAAGAAAAAAUAAUUAAGAAAUAAUUUAUCAACUUUUUCUGUUUUUAUUUCAAGACUUUUCUUUAUCAAAUAUUUGAUUGAUUUUUUGAACAUCUUACUCAACAUUUUUUUUGGAUUAUAAAUUCCUUUUGUUUAUCUGAUAGAGGAUUAUGAAAAUAUUAAGCAUUAACUUUAUUUCCUACUAUUCUGCCAUUUAAUUAAUAUAAUCAUUCAAAAUUUUUACUCUAAAAUUAUCAGAACAAGAAAAAUAGAUUAGAAAUAAAAGUUUAACUUUUUAAAUGAAUCUACUUUAAAGAAUUUAUCAAUUAUAUUCCUUAUAUUAAUUUACACUAUAGUAAAUAUCAGUCUUCUUUUGUUAAUGAUUUCCUUUUAUUACUUUUACAUGGGAUAUAAAAAGAUUGAAAUAUUUGUUCUUUUGUUAAUUAUUUAAAAAAGUAAAUUAUGAAAAAUUUAAUAAAUUAGGAAAAUUUUAUAAACUUCUUGCUAUUUUGAAAGCUUUCAUUUAUUAUUGUUAUUUAUUACACCUAUUUUCAUGUUUUUUUGAAAACACAAGUUGUGAUGGUGAUUUUUUGAAAAAAUAUUAAGAAUCUUUAAUUAUCAACAUAAAUUUUUUAACUUUUUAAUCAAAUUACUAUUUCUAAGAUUCUCAAUUAAGUUUUGAGAUAAUAUUAAAUAAAAUUAUUGCAUUGAUUCUGAUGUUUUAUACAAUAGAUAUAUUAAUUAAAAUUAGAUCUAUUGAUGGAGAGAUAGAAAAAUAAAUUAAAUUUGAUGUUUAUGUUUUAUAAUAUUAUAUGUGGCAUCAUAAAGGAUAAAUAUUAAAAAAGAUUUAAUAUUAUUCAUAAAUCUCUAAUAAAGAAUUAAAAUAUGAAUAGGUAAUAUUUUAUCUAAAUAUAUAAGUUGGGUUAAAAAGAAAUUAUAAGAAAAAUUUACUAAUAAAUUUUAAAGGACAAUUUAGGGGUUCUAAAAAUAUUUUCAAAAUAAUUUAUGAUAAAUUUAUCUUAGAAGGUAAAAUCGAUUAGAAAAUAAAAAAAUCAAUUUAGAGAAGAUAAACAUGGAUUAUAUUUAAUAUUGGAAGGGAAAGGAAAUUUAAGUUUUGAAUCAAAUUUUAAAGUGUAUAAAGAAAUAAACACAAAAGAAUAUACAUUUGGAUUAAUUAAUUGUUUUUAUAAAAACAUUUCUGAGGUUUAAUUAGAAAUGGAUAAUAAUUUUUUAUUAUUAUACAUAAAUUCUGAAGAUUUUUAUUCUUGUCUCACUUUAAGUAAAGAUUUUGUAAUAAAAUAUAUUAAAUAUGAUAGGAAUUAUUUCAUUUGAUAAAGAAUAAAAUAAUUUUUGAAGGUGAUACAAGUAUGAUAGAUUAUAGAUGUUGGAUAUGUAACGGAUAGCAUUAAGAGAGAAGAUGUCAAAUUCUAAAAAUAGAAAUAAACAUAGAAAUUAUUAAUGAAUAAAAUAUGAGAAGUAACUUUAAAAAUAGAUUCAACAAAAAAAGGUAUUAUGCUUAUAGGACAUAUGUAAAAUUUAGUUUUAGUUUGAUUUAGUUGCUUCAUAAGUAAAAUGAAAGUCAUACUAUUGAUUAAAGUGAAAGUAGCUCUAGUGAUAGUGAAGAAUAGUUCGAAAGAUAUGCUGAUGAAGGAAGUGGAAGUCAAAGAGUUAGUGAUAAAAACUAUAUUGUACAAUGUAAAAAAUAUAAAAAUUUAUAGCAAGUAAAGGAAAUAUACAGAUUCCUGCAAUAUAGAAGGAUGUUUUAACAGAUCACAUUCCUGAUAAGUUGUAUGAACAAUUAAAGAGUAGUCAUAGGAAUAUUUAAUUAUAACCAUCUAUUAAUACAUGUAGUUAAUAAUAAGGAGAAAUGCUUCGAUCUGAUUUUAGAAGUAUUCCUUUAUACCCAUCUUAAUAUAAAUUUUAAGAACUUUUAAGUGUUGAUGACCUAGACAGUGUUAAAGAAUAUGUUUAUUAUUAUCCAGAAUUUAACAUCAGCAAUAUCAUUUCAAUAUUAAAUAAUUGA